AUGAAAUUGGAUACAAUAUUUAAACUUUUAUUAUGCGUAGUCAUUCUUUUCACAAUACAACAAAUAUGGCCAUUACAUGAAAUAAGGAGUACAUUACAAAAUGGAAGACUGUUGUUGCAUAUUAAAAAUGCAUUCACUAAAGUACAAUCAAAUUUUAGUAUUCAUUUAAUCCAGAAAGAAUUGACAAGUUUUUAUGAUGAUGAGUACAUAGUCCCGAAACCCAGUUAUUUUAUCUUUUUCGUUAUAUGUGGAUGUUUCACUUUUAUCGGCAAAUAUAUUUUAAACAAGUUGUCUAAUCCCAUAGGAGAGAGGAUGAUACCGAAAAACAAGUGGAGUCAGCGGAUACGAAAAAUAAAAGUAGAAAGAUUCAACUUAAUGUUUUUUAACUUGUUUUACUUUUCGCUAAUCAGCACUUUUGGUUUUGUUGCACUGAGGUAUCAAACGUACUUCCCCGUGGAGAUGGGGGGCGAAGGAAAUUUGAACGACUAUUUUGUGGGAUAUCCCAAUCAGAAGACGUCUAAUUUAGUGCACAUGUAUUAUUUUUUAAAUGGAGGUUACCUGUUGACAUCCGUUUAUUCUCUACUGAUGUCGGAGAAGCUGCCAGAUUUUUAUGAAAAUUUCCUGCAGCACCUGUGUGCAAUAAUACUUGUUUAUUUUUCGUACAGCCAAAACUUUAUAAGGGUUGGAUCGGUCAUCAUGUUGUGUCACGACAUAUGCGAGGUUUUCUCGUCAGCUUGCCGCGUUUUCGUUGACACGAGAUACAAACUAGUUACUGUGAGUUCGUUCUGCAUAUUAUUUUCAAGUUGGGGUUUUUUAAGAUUGUACAUAUUUGCAAAACGAUGUAUUUUACCAGUUCACAGAAAUUUUACUAUGUUCAGAUCAAUGUUACCAGCAGAAACUUUGAUAUGGCUUAUUUUUUUAAUGUUAGUUAUUUUAUUAAUGAACACUUAUUGGCUUGUUUUGAUGGCAAAGAUGUUUGUGCAUUUUGUUACAAGUGGAAAGACCGAAGAUAUAUUGACCAGAGCCACGGAGAUUGAACAGAACGAGAGAAGGAAGAAAAUUACGUAG